CGCAGAUGUGAAAUGUAGCCUAUGCUACGUGGUAGAGUGACACUGUACGUGAUUGGCGGGAGGGAUCUGUGUGUCUGGGAACCUGCUGCUGGUUUCCUAUACACACUCAACCACAGUCACAGUGGUCUCUCCGCUGAAACGGCAGCAGGGAAAACAAACUCUCCUCCCGCCGCUUAGAAACCAAAACUGUCUUAGAAGUGAGGUCGACGCGAUGUUAAACACGACAUGCUACCGUUUUGUCUGAGAAGACAGUUAACAAUAAGAAAGAGACUGCUGAAAGUGGGUGAACUGUGACAACAGCUGGAGAAACUAACCGAAGGAUUUGUGGACUGCACGUGAAAAGCAACGCUGAAACACAUCGUAAAGAGUGGAUAUCGUCCUCUCCACUUUAACUGUUCGCCAGCUGUUCAUUCCUUCCUACUUCGGAGAUGAGUGCCAAGUCAGCCAUCAACAAGGAGGUUUUCAUACCCCAUAAUGAGAAGAUGCUUGCUGCUGUGCAGGUAAAGCGGAGGACCAAGAAGAAGAUCCCCUUCCUGGCCACUGGUGGUCAGGGAGACUACAUGACCUUCAUCUGCCUCUCAGUGAUGAAUAAGAAACCAUCCCACUUAUCCAUCACUAAGGUGAAGCAGUUUCAAGGAUCUUCUUCCUUCAUAAAAAGGUCACAGUGGACAAUCGACCAGCUACGGCAGGUCAACGGCAUUGACCCAAACAAAGACUGUCCAGAGUUCGACCUGAUGUUCGAAAAUGCUUUUGACCAGUGGGUUGCUGGUUCAGCGGGAGAGAAGUGCACCUUCAUUCAGAUUCUUCACCACACCUGCCAGCGCUACAGCUCAGCACGAAAACCAGAGUUUGUCAACUGUCAGUCCAAACUGCUGGGGGAAGACCAAGCUGUAGAUUCAGUCAUUUUCCGUUGCAAGGUCUAUUUGAACAGAAUGAGGAAAGAAUUUGUUGCACACCACGGUCAUCUACUAAGACAAGGUAACAGUAUACUACACUCAGCUGCAGACAGUGUGACGAGUGCUGUACAGAAGGCCAGCCAGGCUCUGAAUGAGCGUGGCGAGCGAUUAGGUCGGGCUGAAGAGAGGACUGCAGACAUGAUGAACAGUGCCGAACAGUUCGCUGUCACUGCGCACAAGCUUGCCAUGAAGCACAAGUGUUAGACCACUGCCAAACCAACUGGGAGGGUGGGGUGGGGGUGGUGGUGGUCAACAAUCGUCAGUCACUGUACAGAAGAAGGAUUCCAGAUUUUAUUCUUUUAAAUUUUUUUUAAAAUAAUUACUAUUUGUUAACAAUGUUAACAUUUUAAUGUUUUGAGUUAUUAUUCUGGUGCAUCUUCUGAUGGUGACGCGUCGAGCAAGGUGGAGGAAGAGAGGUAAACAACGCUACUUCGGACUGUCUGCAGAAUGUUUCAUGCUUCUGUUUGCCAAAAUAAGUUACAAACAACAGCCAUGACUGUAUUUGAUAAUCACAGCCUCUCAAAACACUUCCCCUUUUCAUAUGCUCAGAUGCUAAUGUGAGCGCACACAUGCUGACAAGUCAUUAUCAGCAAUCACUCCAAGACAAGGAAGAGCUUGUCUCACAGGUUAAUAAUUGUUGAGGGUUAUUUAUGAGCACUGCAGUGAUAAUGAUGCAGUCUAGUUCAUGAGUGACGGACCUUCUUAUGGGUUUCACUGGUGCGAAUGAAGAUAGCCUAGAUUUUCUUACCUGAUGCUUAGGGUUGUACCCAGAUAAAUAUUUUGGCAACACAUUUGGGAGAGUGGGAUGUCAGAUGAAAGUAAUGAUCACAUCUGUGGAGAAAACAACAUUAACUCUACCCCUGAACAUCCAAAAGUAUUUAUUUUCAGUUUUAUUUUCCUCUCUUUUCAACAUUUGGACAUUGCAGUCUUUUGGUCUGUUGUUCUGUCCAUCAUUUCAAAAUGUAUAAAAACAGUAUUAAUCAAAAUGUUUUUUAACAUAUUAUUUCAUAAACUGAAUAUGAGACUCAAUAGAGUGGUUUGGGUGACAAACUAUAUAACAACUGUGAAAUAUUUUAGUCCUCUGUUAGACUUGUUUACCUUUCAAAGACAACCAAAACUACAUGGAAUAGAGUUGCCAACAUUUUUGGAAGUGUACUUGAAUAACUCUGUUUUGAAAAUAAGCUUUUUAAGUAUAAUAAUUUAUGUUAAGGAGAGAGGAGGAGCAAUUCAGCAAACCAGCUUCUGCAAUGUAAAAAGCAAAACAUCAUUUUUCGAGUACAAUUAUCUCAAUGUCUGUAGAGCUAAUUUGGGAUUUCAUGGGAUGUAUUAAAUUACUUCUGGCUGUAUUUCAACUUUAAACAUUCAGUAGUCAUAUCUUAUGCUUUUUGUUUAAUUUGGGUUGGUCAUUAUAAUGAUGUGUAUACUGAUAAAGGACAAAAUGUCAAUAAUAUCAGCAGUGGUGUGUUUUUUGUGUCAUUGCUCUAACACUGACUGUAACUUUGGCUUCCUCACUGGUAAGAUACCACCCUCACAAUCAAGAUGUAUUUGAUUAUUUUUAUAUUUUGAAUUUUACAAUCCAUGAAGUUAGAAUGCACCGACAACCUUAUCUUGCAGAGCACUGUUGAGUUCAUACUGAAACGUUCCAGUUGCCUAACUGUUAUUGUGCUUGUAUUCCUCUCUCUAACAGUUUGGAUGUUUAUUGUUUUAAUAAAUAAAAAAAAUCCCUUUUUUUAAUAACCAGCUUUAGCAAUUCCAUCCAAUUGAAUAGAAGUACAUUUAUUUUGUUGGGUGUUCUUUAUCAUUGUUAUUGCAUUUGUGUAUUUUACUCACAUGGAUUUUCUCUACUCAUAAACAAUAAGCUGCCAAAAGCUUAA